UUUGUUUAAGCAAACUGUUACUUGUACGCUGAUAGCCGAUGUUUUGUAUUUAAUGCGAACUGAAAACUUAUCAUUACACCUUUAUUAUUAAAAAAUAGAUCGUUACUGAAUUUAUACAUUCACUAUGAACGCACCACCUACCUUUGAAUCAUUUCUUUUAUAUGACGGUGAAAAAAAAGUCCAGAAAGAAGAAGACACAAAAGUUACAAAUGCUGCAAUAUUUACAGUUAAUAAGGAGGACCAUACUCUAGGAAAUAUGAUUAGACACCAACUACUUAAGGACCCAAAAGUCCUUUUUGCUGGAUAUAAAGUGCCUCAUCCAUUAGAACAUAAAUUUGUGCUGCGUAUUCAAACAACAUCCGAUUACACACCUCAAGAGGCUUUUAUGAAUGCUAUUACAGAUUUAACUUCUGAGUUGUCACUUUUCGAAGAGCGUUUCAAAGAAGCUAUCAAAGAGAAGAAAGACGGUUUGGAUUAAGUUUGGAUAGAUAUCACUUAGGUUAAGAAUUAGAUAAGUAUUAAAUAAAUUCAAAAUAAAUUUUAUAAAUCGUUUUUU